GACAUUGGAACAUAUCUUUGAUAAAGUUAGGAUUUACAACAAUAGAUGUCCAUAAACCAACCAGUAACCGGGACCAAGAAAAAUUACAAAAAUGGUGCUCGUUUCGGAUACGUUUCUUCUUCUGGCAGCCAUCUUGUCUUGCACUAAUGCCAAGCCAGCAUGUCCACCAGAUGUCGCGCAAUGCGAGUUUUGGUUGGAAGUGAAAGAGGCGCUUACAAUGAUGAAGCACAAAACGUUAGUAUGGCCGUAUAAAGGAGAAUUUUACCCCUAUGAUGCCACCGACCCCGAGAACAGCGAACCAAUUUCCCCUGAGGGUGUUAUUCAGGGAGAUGGUUAUUGGCAAAGAAAUAGAAUAGUGAUGGUUGUGAACGGGACACUACCGGGACCAGCCAUCGAGAUCUACGAGAAUCAGGAUAUUAUCGUGCAUGUCACGAACAAACUUAAGAGCCAUGGACUGACCAUACAUUGGCACGGACUGCACCAGAAAGGGACCCCCUUCAUGGACGGCGUUGCCUACAUCACACAAUGUCCGAUAGGUCCCGGGCAUAAAUUCACGUAUAGAUUCAAUGUUGGCAGCAAAGGGACAUUUUGGUACCAUUCUCAUAUUGGUGCGCAACGUACAAAUGGUAUAUACGGGCCAAUGAUCAUCCACGAGCGUCCAAAGGAAAAUCAAACUCCAAUUGAAGAAUUCACGAUGACAAUCUCUGACUGGAACCAUGACUUUGACUCAGAUACUGGCCAUCUUAAGAUGGUCUAUGGUUUAUACAAUGGCAAAUCAAAAUUUAAAGGCACGAAAUCUCUCGAUGGUGCUUCUUUCAGCAUGUUCCAAUACCACGCUGGACUUGUGAACGGCAGGGGAAGAUGGUAUGACCCUGCAACAGAUAAGCACAACGGAGCACCUUUGGAAGUAUUCAAUGUUACCCGUGCUACAAAGUACAAGUUCAGAGUGAUAGCGGCCGGUUCUCUUUAUCCGUUUAGAAUAUCUGUUGAUUCCCAUAUUUUGACAAUUAUUGCCUCGGAUGGGUAUGAUUUAAAACCAGUUGUGGCCGAAUCGUUUAUCAUAAACCCAGGGGAGAGGUUUGAUUUCGAAAUUACUACUGAUGCAGCUGUCGAUAAUUACUGGAUCAGAGGAGAAACUAUCGAAGUUGAUGUAAAGAAUCAUAUUUUCGAAGCGGUGUUGCAUUACGCAGAUGCUCCAUAUAGUACCGAUUGGGACAACAUUAUAACAAGUGAGAAAUCUAAAUGCAAUGUCAACAAAACGUGUCUUGUUGUCAAUUGCCCAUUCACGUACUAUCCGUCAGAUACGUACACAGAAUGUUUGCUAUUUGACCAAUUGCAAAAUAGGAUUGAUACACCCGCUCCAGAAUCGACUCCCGGGAAAUUUCAAAAUUAUUUUUUGAAUUUUGCCUUUCCCGGGACGACCUGGACGCCAGGUGCCGUUAAUGGUCGUGCAUUCAAAAAUCCAACAGUGUCUGCAUAUUCUCAGAGGAGUGAAUUAAAAACUGGAUGUGACACGGGUUCUUGUGGAUUGAACAAAGUUUGUUUAUGUUCGAAUAACUUACAGCUGAAAUACGACGAUACCAUCCAGAUGGUGUUUCUCAAUCUCGGUAGGGGUAAGGGUUGGUCACAUCCCAUUCACAUGCAUGGACACAGCUUCUACGUACUCAAAAUGGGGUAUGCGGACUAUAACAGUACAACAGGAAAACUAAUCCGCGAUAACACAGAAGUAAAUUGCUUAGGCGAUGAAGAUUUGAACUUCUGUAAUGACGCUACGUGGAGAAAUACAUCAUGGAUCAAUAGCGAUAAUAUUCCAGGACUUAAUCUUGUUAAUCCGCCGCGGAAGGAUACCAUUAUCGUACCUACUGGCGGUUAUGUGGUUGUGCGCAUUAAGGCAAACAACCCUGGUGCAUGGUUCAUGCAUUGUCACAUAGAGCUCCAUAAUCUUGAUGGAAUGGCGAUGUUCUUUGACGAGGCACCGGACAAACAUCCACCUUCUCCAAAAGACUUUCCUAAAUGUGGCGAUUUCUCGUACAACCAAACAGACGAUGAUAGUUUAACGGCACAACGGGAAAUUCCAGCCACAGAUUCCGUGUACUCCUUGAGUUUGUUCUGGGGCGUGGUAGGGGCAUUGCUGGCCAUAGUACUGCUGCAGUUCGUCACUAUUUUCUGUCUCCUUAAAAGAUCUAGGGACAAAUCAUUUGACAUCUCUACCCAUAUGUAACUCGGGCUCAUCGACACCCAUCGACUCAAGUUACACCCCUUCAUAAAUCUGGGAACCGGAUGUCAACCGCUUUGGACCGGAAGUCCCCCGCUUUGGAUCAAUCUUCAAG